AUGGCGAUACCGAAAUGGCUCCCCAUCAAUUUUCUCACGCUUCACUAUGCGUACAUCAUCUUCAUGGGCCUCCUGGCCAUUCCCGUGCUUCUCCCAGGCGGUAACCUUGAAGCCAUCGAUGCCUACUUCUUUGGCGCCAGCGCCUCGACAGAGUCUGGUCUAAACACGGUGGACGUCAAAGAUCUCCAACUCUAUCAGCAGCUCUACCUCUACUUCAUCCCAAUGUUCACUAAUCUCGGUUUCAUUAACUCCUUGGUGGUCCUUGUCCGUCUCAUUUGGUUCCGAAAGUACCUCAAAAAGGCUGCCCCUCAAUUGUUAAAGCGAUAUCGUGGCGCUGACACGCCUCUACAAGGCCUGGGUCACAUAAAAAACAUCUCCCAGGGCCAAGAUAUCGUCAGCGAGGAUAUUGCCGCAACGGAAGCGGAUAAACCUCAAGGGCAGCCUGGUAGAGAUGACACUUCACACACUGAAUUCGAAGAACCCUCCAAGCCUACAAAAGAUGCUUCCGGGCCACACAUUACGAUUGACGACUCCUCCAAGCCCAUUAGAGACGAUACUGUGCUGCACAUCCCGUCACCCCGAGAACGGGACCAAGGAAAAUCUUUGACUGAGUUGUCUCGCCAUCCCACAGAGAGCGACAACGAGAUCUCUGUUGUGAAUGGGACUUUCCAUCCAAACCCAUCCAUCCACGACCUUCGCAAGCGGCUCUCAAGCGCCGCCUCGCCCCGCUCCUUGUCCCGAGAACGACGCCGCUCCAUGUCUAGAGAAAGCGUCACAGGGGUUGCCCAUAUUGCCAAGUCCAUGCUGAUUCUUGAUGCUGACUCGACUCAUCACCGAGAAAGGCGCCAUUCGACACAGGUCCGCGAUGAAACCCUUGGUCUCUCGCACUUCGCCACCAUCGGUCGCAACUCUGAAUUCACCAACAUGACCAGGAGCGACUGGGAGAAGCUUGGCGGUACUGAGUAUCGUAGCCUCAAGCUACUAUUAAAGAUCGUCGUCGGUUACUUCUUUGGUCUUCACCUCUUCGGUGCCAUCUGUAUUGUGGGUUGGAUUCAAUAUGCCGAUCCCAAGUACAAGGAGUACCUCGCCUCAACCGGCUCAAAUAUGAACUGGUGGGCCUUUUAUUCUGCUCAGACCAUGGUAGAUAAUUUGGGAUUUACCCUAACACCUGAUUCCAUGAUAUCAUUCCGAGAUGCAAUCUGGCCUAUGAUUGUCUUCAGCUUCCUUGCCUUCGCCGGAAAUACUCUCUAUCCGGUGUUCCUACGCCUCGUAAUCUGGACUAUGUCCAAGAUCGUGCCGAGGACAUCACAAAUGCAAGAGCCGCUGUCGUUCCUCCUCAACCACCCCCGCCGAUGUUACACUCUUCUCUUCCCAAGUCGACCUACCUGGAUCCUGUUUGGUAUCAUAUUCGCUCUGAAUUUCGUUGAUACGCUACUUAUCAUUAUCCUCGAUCUGAAUAACCCCGAGGUUGCGGCCCUACCAGCAGGCCAGCGUCUCUUCGCUGCCAUUUUUCAAGCUGCCUCUUCUCGCCACACCGGUACCUCAACCUUCAAUCUAGCCAACGUUAACCCUGCUGUGCAAUUUAGCCUAAUGGUUAUGAUGUACAUUGCCAUCUUCCCAAUCGCACUCAGCAUCCGUGCAUCUAACACAUAUGAGGAGAAAUCGCUCGGCAUCUGGGAACAAGAAGGUCAUCUGGACGAGGUUCAUGGCCGCUCAUACCUAAUGAAGCAUAUGCAAAAUCAGCUCAAUUUCGAUCUCUGGUAUAUUUUCCUGGGGAUUUUCUGCAUCUGUAUUGCUGAGGCCGGAAAGAUCGCAGAUACAGGUGAACCAGCAUUCAGUGUCUGGACCGUCUUCUUCGAGGUCACAUCUGCCUACGGAAAUGUCGGGUUGAGCCUCGGCCACCCAACCGUGGCGACCUCGCUUUCUGGUAAAUUCACCAUUUUCAGCAAGCUAGUUAUUUGCGCCAUGAUGGUCCGCGGGCGCCACCGCGGUCUUCCGUACGCUCUAGACAGAGCCAUUAUGUUGCCAGAUCAACCAUUACUAGAUCUCGAACCCGAAGAUGAAAAAACGGUCUAA